UUUCAAAAACCUAAGGGGUGAUUUAGUCAAUUGAUUCUAUCUUCAUCUGGUUGAAAUCAAAAGAGAAAAGUGUGAGCUUUGAGGUUGAAAUGAAAUUUUGCUGAGAAAGUUUAGAAAAGAUCAAAUCUUUACAAAGAAAAAAAAAAAAAGUGUGAUUAAUUAGAACAAUUAUUUUCCUUUAAGAAAAACAAAACAUCAACAACAACGACCAAAGGUUGAUUGAUGAUGGUUUUUCUAAAUCCAUAGUUUCUCUUUAGAUUCUAAAAUCUCUCUCUCUCUGAGAAAGGAAGGGGUUGCUCAACUAUCUCUUUUACAAGUGUUGCUUUUGGUGGAAAAUGCUGGCUGGGUUUUUAAGAUCAAACCCAGAUCUUGUUACCUUUUGAUCUAGCUGAACGCUUUUGUUAAUCUUUGGAAGCUGAGGAAAAAUGGAGUUAAAAGGAGACAACUGGCAUAUGGGUUUUUGGAUAUAAAUCAAAAUGAUGCAUGCUUUGCCACUGAAGUGGAGAAAAGAAGAUGAACUUUAUUGAGAUUAUCUAUGCUGAUUGGGGCUUUUGUCAUAGUUGAUUGAUCAUGGACUGGUUUUCUGUGUUUUAGAUUUUUCAACAAAUGAAGUGGGUUGAUGUUUCUGUUCAAGCAAACCAGGAAUUUCUCUGUUGGAAUUGAGUAAUAACUCAGUGAGGAUGGAAUUGCACAUUUAUUGGUGGAUUGGCUCUUCAGUGGCUUUUGCUUUAUGAGUUGACAGUUUUGGCAACCAUGUUUUCCUUUCUGGGCAUUUGAUGGUGCAAUUGCUUUAAAGGGUUUUCUUUGCAUAUCCGAUUGUUCAGUGCAUGAGAAGAGAUUCCUGUUUAAGUUACAAUGAUCAAACAAAUACUUAAUAGGCUCCCACGGAAACCAUCUAAGUCAAGUGACAAUCGUGAAGGAGGAGGAACCUCUACCUCUUCAUCAAAUGCUUCUACCAAUUCAAGAAACAGCGAUUUAGCUAGUAACCGCUAUGCAAACUCGAGCGGUCCACCCUUUUCUGGUUUUAGUUCUACUCCAAAUCCAGGGCUGAAUCAAGGCAAUAAGAUUUCUCAAGUGUUGAAUGCAAAGCUGAAUGGGAAUAUGGUUGCUGCUUCUUUUGAGGCAUUGCCUAGUUUUAGAGAUGUUCCAAAUUCUGAGAAGCAGAACUUGUUUAUCAGAAAACUAAACUUGUGUUGCAUUGUGUUUGACUUCACUGACCCAACGAAAAACCUCAAAGAGAAGGAUAUCAAGCGGCAAACUUUGCUAGAGCUGGUGGAUUAUGUUUCAUCUGCUAAUGGGAAAUUUUCAGAGAUUGUAAUGCAAGAAAUUGUAAAGAUGGUGUCUGCAAAUUUGUUUAGGGCACUUACUUCUCCACCACGUGAGAACAAGGUUUUAGAAGCAUAUGAUUUGGAAGAGGAGGAGCCCUCAAUGGACCCUGCAUGGCUUCAUUUGCAAGUUGUUUAUGAAUUUCUCUUGAGGUUUGUGGCAUCAACUGAGACAGAUGCAAAAAUGGCCAAGCGGUAUAUUGAUCAUUCUUUUGUUCUAAGGUUGUUAGAUCUUUUUGAUUCAGAGGACCCCAGAGAAAGGGAGUAUUUGAAAACUGUUCUGCAUCGCAUCUAUGGAAAAUUUAUGGUCCAUCGUCCAUUCAUCAGGAAAUCAAUCAACAACAUCUUCUACCGCUUUAUUUUUGAAACUGAAAAACACAAUGGAAUUGCGGAGCUAUUAGAAAUACUGGGAAGUAUAAUCAAUGGGUUUGCUUUGCCACUGAAGGAAGAGCAUAAGCUGUUUCUUGUUCGUGCAUUGAUACCACUUCACAAACCGAAGUGCAUACCCAUGUACCAUCAGCAGUUAUCUUACUGCAUUACUCAAUUUGUGGAGAAAGAUUGUAAGCUUGCUGAUACUGUUAUACGGGGCUUGCUAAAGUAUUGGCCAAUUACAAAUAGCUCAAAAGAAGUCAUGUUCUUGGGUGAACUGGAGGAAGUUUUAGAAGCCACACAACCUGCUGAGUUUCAACGCUGCAUGGUACCCUUGUUCCGCCAGAUAGGCCGUUGCUUGAGUAGUUCUCAUUUUCAGGUGGCAGAGAGGGCUUUGUUCUUAUGGAACAAUGAUCAUAUUGAGAACCUAAUAAAACAGAAUCGUAAAGUCAUACUUCCAAUUAUCUUCCCCUCCUUGGAAAAGAAUGCAAGAAACCACUGGAAUCAGGCAGUGCAGAGCUUGACUCUAAAUGUCCGCAAGAUUUUCUCUGACACCGACCCUGAGCUCUUUGAGGAGUGCUUGCAUAAGUUUGAGGAAGACGAAGCACGAGAAAAUGAGGUUAAAUCAAAACGCGAAGCCACAUGGAAACGAUUAGAAGAGGUUGCUGCAAUGAAAGCAGCAAGUAACGAACCUGUGCUUGUCUCCCCAAAAAUAACUACUCGCAAGCCAUCUUGCUAGGACAAGAGAUUGCCAUUGUAGCGGCUGAUGUUUCAUGUCAAGAUCGGUAUGCAAACCACAGGUUGGUGGACAUGAUGAUUUUGAGAACAAGAAGAUGAAGCUGAGUUUUUCAUUGCAUCAACUGAUCACCUUCUGAAUAUCUGGUUUGCUAGAUUUUGAUGUCACUGGGAUUCAUUAAAGAUUGAUGCUAUGUGGGGUACCUCUAAGCCUCUUUCGCUCAUAUUUAUGCAUAGAAUGUGUAUAUAAUGGAUUGGGGACAAAAAAACAAAUGAGUUUGGCUUGUAAAGUAGACAUCUUUUCCAUUCAUAAUCUUUUAAGGGUGGAUUCAACAUCA